CCCGUUUUUGACCAGUUUGGUAAAUUCUCCGGUUUAAAUCUUUUCAACCUAGUUUUCUACAUUUGGAGAUGAUGUUCAAACAUGUUUGUUUUGUUUUUUAGGAAUUUGGACCCUUCAUUGUCCUGAUAUCGACUGAUGUCUAUGUCAAAUAUGGUUUUAAACCACUUUGUACCGUGGAAUAAUCUAAGUCCAAGGCUGCAGUGUUAAUAUAGCCUAACUGUGAGCUACAGUGGACAGAGUUACAUGAUUGUGUAGUAGUCCUAUACGGUCAUAAAAUAACAAUAGUCCAUGCAAAAUUCUGACCUUCGAACCGAAGUCUCCUUACUUCAAAAUGGAACACUGAUGACAGCUAGGUCCCUUUAAUAACAUAUCGACCACCUUGACGAUUUGCUACCUCUCCCUCAAUAUCACAAGCGGUUGUUGAAGCUUGAUUUGAAUAGAUAAUGCAAAAGGUCCGCUGCCAGUCUGUCUGUUCGUAAAAGUGUGUUUAAUACUAGUAGAGACAGCGAGCUACACUAGCUUGGCUUUGUCACAAAAAUGCCGAUGAACACAAGGAAACGUUCUAGUCAACUAGGCGAUUUACCAGAGGAGAAGAGGUCCAAACAUGGCAAGGAGCCUUGUGUGGCCGAGCCUGAGCUGUAUACCACCAUUCCACCACAACCAAAGGCGAAAAAGCCUGGCCAGCUUACACACGAUCAACUCAAACGCUACUUCGACGAGGGAUAUCUUCUCAUUCCUGAUUUCUUCCAACCAUUUGAGCUGGAUCCCGUAAGAGAAGGCAUUGCAGAAGAAGUGGACCGUCUGGUUGACCAACUUUACAAUGCCGGCAAGAUCAAAGACAAAUGCAGCGAUGCUGGGUUGUUUCAGCGCAUGACGCUGAUUGAAGAGCAGUUCCCGGGUGCUGCUGUGUUGCUACACAAGACAGGAUAUCUUCCUCAGAGCUUUCGAGACUUGUGGUCCAAUGAGCGUUUGCUGAAUGUCAUGGAGCAAUUGAUCGGUCCAGACAUUGCAGGCCAUCCGGUGUGGAAUCUUAGAGUUAAGACUCCCCAAAAUGAGCAAGCGACAGUGCCCUGGCACCAAGAUAAUGCGUACUUGGAUCCUGAAGCUCUUCAUGUGCUGCAGCCCACUGCGUGGAUACCAAUGUUGGAUGUCCAAAAAGAAAAUGGAUGCCUGCAGGUCAUACCUCGUGGACAUCGGAAGGGCGUCACAGCCACCCACACCUGCUGCGUGGGAGGAACUUGGUAUGUGCAAAUCAAGGACACCAGUGAUAUGAUGACUUCCCUCGGUGUAGAUGUCAAGGAUGCGGUUACCGUGGAAAUGCCGUAUGGAGGAGUUCUGCUCAUGAACAAUGCUAUACCGCAUCAGAGCUUGGAGAACUACUCUGACAAAAUCCGUUGGAGCCUCGACCUUCGUUGGCAGAGGCCAGAUAAGCCUAACGGUUUCUAUGGCAUCAAGGACAGCGUGCUCAUGCGCACAUCGAAGGAUCCUAAUUAUACGAUAGACUUCGAAUCCUUCAAUAAAGUUGAUAGGCACAUCAAGGCUGUGGAUUCGAUGCUAGGAACAGAGAAAGAACUGGGCGUGAGCCGUGACACAAAGGCAGACGACGAAUUCGACACCACCAUAAUGGGUCCCUGGAUGAAGCGAUGGGAGUUGGUGCAUCACAACCGACAUACAGCCAAAUUUGAGAGGAAUGAAGACAGGGAUGACGCUACCAGCUCUUGGCAUUCCUGGGAUAAGGCUUGAUCACCAUCAACACUAAACCCCACGGAUAUGCUCUUGCAGGGGAUUUUUGGCCCAACCUGCCUUUGAUAUUUUCAACAUGGACAUUUAUAAAGCGCAAAACAUAUUCACCAUAAAGGUGCUCAAAGCACUUUGCACGAAUAAAAAAUCACAGAAUUUACGUGAAUUAAAAACAAACUGAACGGCCUAAAAACAGACAAAUACAAAACUGUCAACAACUAGAGUGGUUAAUUGAAGGCUUCCUGCAUUUUAAUUAUUUUUAACUUCCAUUAAUUCUGUAAGAAAAAAAUAAGGUCAGUGGGUUCAACUAAUACUUUCAUUAACAACACAUUGAAUAAACCCACCCAGUUAAAUUUAAUCAAGCUUUAUUUACUUACAACUAUGGCAUUGAAACACUGAGCAUGAUAUCCAAUAUACGUGGAAAUAGUUCAAUAAUCCGUUAAGCAAUCCGGCCACUAUCAAAUAAAAAAUCCAAAGCCCGAAACCUCGCAACAAGCUUUCAACUGCUAACAGUACCUACAAUGUUAACGCAAAUCCAGCCACCAACCUUUCCCACCUCAGUUAAAAGAGUCUGCUAUUUCAGCUACAUUCUCAUGUUAAAAAACCCUACACAUUUAAGACCAAAAAUAAAAUCCUUCUCAAGAAAACAUGACAUUAUUCAGAAAGUCAGCGAAUAUUUAAAAUAUUGUGUAUGACCUAGAAUUAAAACACUGAUAAAUUGAAGUAACUUUGUUUCAGUAUCUAUAACAUGUAUCAAUAAACCACUGCAAAGCCUUACAGUAUUGUCAAUGACGAAUAUCUAUAUCUCAGGGCAUAACUGAUAUUCAAUAUGGUUAAGCAAUGAAUGAGGAGACAAAUACAUUCCUAAUGAUUCCUUGAUCCAUCCUAUUUCAAUCCAACCACAGUAUGAUUACGAAAAACAGGCAGAAAUUUAGCAUUCUCCGUCGAUAAACAGAAAGCAAAUAAUAAAGUGCUGAAUAUAGGGAACAAGAAGUUGCUUAUCAGUAUACCAAGAUCAUGCAAACUGAUGAUCAGUCUAAUGCUCUCAUCAUGCUGUCAUAUGUAAAAGGUCUUUGACCUUGAAAGGCUAAGGCUGCAUCCGAAUCUCUUGUCUAGAGCUAGGUCUAGGUCUUCACUCCAUUAGAAAUGAGGGGAGACGCGUAGACAAUAGACCUAGCCGUAGCUUUGGAAGCCCGCUUCGGACACGGCCUAAGCACAGACGUGUCUAAGUCUAUAAGUCUUCUCAUUCCACUUCAUGAACAUAAUCAUUUAACAGUGAUAACACCAAAUUUUAACAAAGUACCUCAUUUCUUUGUAAGCUCUUCUGAUAGCAUCAAUAGUAAGGGACAGAUUCCCUCUCUUCUAACAUGAUUUCAGGUUUCACUGCCUUUUUUAAGGUUCAUCGAUCAAGCACACAAAAUUAAUUGCUUAACGUCCAAUCUAAUUCUGCUAAUCAAAUCUAACGUCCAAUCCUUUCUACUAUAAAGAUUUUGUCUUUGGGAUCAUUUUGACAUGAGUGUUAACACACCUUACGAAAUAAAAAGAUAGUUAUUCAGCGGCUUUCUGCAUAAAAUUCACACACCCACGUAAAUGUGUUAAAGUUAGACCGGUGUUACUGUUAAUUUUUAAUCAUGUUACGCCUCCAUGUACCACAAAUUUUUGUAUUGUAUAAUUACUGGAAGAAGUACCCAGAUGACUGGAAAAAUGAGAGUAAUUAUAUUCCUUUUGAUAUCGCGAAUAACUCUUCUUUUUUCCCUCUUAAUCACCAGAGUUAAAAGUCGCAGCUGAUUUCCAGUAAUUUUUUCCCUAGUAAUACACCAUAUGAACAUCAAGUAGUCUCGUCAACACAUACAUGUGUGUAAGGAAGAAUGUAAAAUUUGAAGUUUCUAAAAUUUGAAAAAGAAAAGCCCGAAUCUCAAUGCCACAAAAAAGGGCAAGAAACAGCUUAGUGCUUACUAGAAAGAGACAGAUGGAAUAAAUUUCCAGCAGAUAUUGAAACGUUCUGCUUCAAGCCUUAUGUGGAAGUGAGGAAAGUGAACGGUGAGUUUUACAAGACAGCAUCACCGCACAGCAUUUGUGCAUGAAUUUUAUAGUCAUUUUAACAAAUGUAUCAUGAUCACAAUUAAUGUGACGUGGAGUAUAUCAUUAGUUUGAGAUUAAUAAUAAUACUGAAAGUGAUCAGAGAGAACACAA